GUAACGUCCGCCAUAAGAGUUUUGGCGGGGUGGUCACUAAAUGUGGAUGUCUCCCACACUAUUUAACCAGUUCUGAAUCUGCCGCAUUAAUCUUGGAGUUUUGGUAACCAGUGAAAGGAUGCGCUGACAGGGCUGAGUAUAGAAUUCAUGAUUGGUCACGGAUCCUACGUCAUUCCAGGACAAACAGCUAACUUCAACGCCUACCGAGGGUCGUAUCCGCUCGUUGUAGUAUGCCUCGUCUUCUUACUAUAAAAGGAUGAUUUACAUAAAGAAGUCCUCUGUCAUGGAGAGCGAAUUCGUUCACUUCCAUUGGCAUAGGCCUUGUGCUUCUCAAACAUAACCGCUAGAGUAUAUCAAGACACAGAUUCCAAAUGGGGCAGCCAGACGACAACUCGAUAAAUUGGUGGGCGAUAGCACACACUCUUUCUGUUUUCGGUCAACUCAGCAUGUGUGUCGUUAGUGUUAUAGCUUUUGCCUCCUAUCGACCAAGCAGUUUCGGAAAUCAUUAUACUACCCCCGACGAGGUGAACGAAGUAGCGACUCAAACGACUAUAUCUUGGGUAUCUGCCGCAGUUGGCGCCGUUACCACAAUGACCAAUAUUGUCCUUUUCAUCGCAUUAUGGAGAGCAUAUAGCUUCGCCCAAAAACGCCCGGCUACGGGUCAGAUGGGCGGGUUUCAGAGAGGAGUUCUACUCGCCUCUGUAGUCUUUUCGUUGGUCACGGCUGCAGAUUUAGUCCUCGCUAUAAAGUCUGGUCUUGCAGGCCGGACUGAUAUUACCGUCGUAGCUUGUAUCAGCUAGCAAGUAUUUGUUCGUGAUUAUUGUAUCUAAGGGUGUAGCUAAUCCCAUAUUUCCAUAGCGUUACCACCGCCCUCGUCGUGUGUGCGGACUAUCUCCAGGUACGGAAACUUCAUCGGGAACAGAAGGGUAACUUCGUUGCGGAACUUGCUCGGAGCAGCGAGAGUACACCAAAUAACGAUCCUCCUCCAUAUGAGCCAUAAUUGAGAUUUCUGUCUAGGGAAAAUAAGUGGAUGAAGGGGAAUCAUAUUGUUAAUAAGUUAGACGAAAAUGAGCUUCCGUCAUGGCAAUUUAUUCUAAAUAAUAUACUUCAAUAAUGCUACCAUCUGGUGGCCAUUUUGAUAAGUACCUACCUAG